AUGAUUGCCCUCGAACAGCGAGCUCGGAGCUUCUUCCUUCGAUGUCGAGCUUCUGCACGAUACAGUUCUCCCCGACUCGCUCAGUGCCGCAGAUGUCUGCCGCGACGUGGCCUUGCAACGGCCAUUGAAACUGAACAGCCUGCAGCAAAGCCCGUCCCAGAGAAACCAUACUAUGUGACAUCUCCCAUAUUCUAUGUUAACUCUGGCAGGUGUUCACCACACGUCGGCCACCUUUACACUCUCGUACUCUCUGAUAUUCUCAAGCGAUGGGCAAAACUCCGUGGCGAUGAAAGGGCAACCCUUCUGACCGGCACCGACGAGCAUGGCAUGAAGAUCCAGAAGGCCGCUCAAACAGCGAACACCAAUGCGAAGCUCUUCUGCGAUCAGCAUGCCCAGCAAUUCAAGUCACUGUGUCAAGCGGCCAACAUCAACUAUGACCGUUUCAUCCGGACCACCGAUGACGACCACCGAAUUGCCGUUGAGCACUUUUGGAACGAGCUGAACCAUGCCGGAUACAUCUACGAGGCGAAGCACGAAGGAUGGUAUUCGAUCAGCGACGAGACGUUCUACCCCGAGUCCCAAGUGCAGAAGGUGCUCGACCCUUCGACUGGAGAGACCAAAAUUGCUUCGAUCGAAACUGGGAAAGAGGUGGAGUGGACAUCAGAAACCAACUAUCAUUUCAAACUAUCUGCCUUUCAACAACCGUUGUUGAAGCACUAUUCAGAAAAUCCAGGCGCGAUCGUCCCAAAGCAGCGGAUGGCUUUUAUCAUGAAGGAAAUCGAAAGCGGCCUCAACGAUCUUUCCGUUUCGAGACCCUCGACACGGCUUUCAUGGGGCGUUCGCGUCCCCGGCGACUCGAGCCAAACCAUUUAUGUUUGGCUUGAUGCUUUGAUCAACUACUUGACCAUGACAGGUUAUCCUUUCACCGAUCGGAAUGACCCAACCAACAUUUGGCCUCCCAAUUGCCAAGUCAUCGGCAAAGACAUCAUCCGUUUCCACACCAUCUACUGGCCCGCGUUUCUCAUGGCUUUGGAUCAACCUCUGCCUCGGCGAUUCCUCACACAUGCCCACUGGACCAUGAACAAUGAAAAGAUGUCCAAGUCGGCGGGCAAUGGCGUGAAUCCCUUUAUGGCAAUGGAUCGGUAUGGAGUGGAUAGCAUCAGAUUUUACAUGGCCUAUCACGGUGGCAUUGUUGACGAUGCCAUGUACGAAAACUCUCAGGUGGCCGAAACUUACAAACACAUCUUGAGAGACGGGUUUGGUAAUCUUUUACACCGUGUUUUCAAAUCUAAGCAUUUUAAUGUUCAUGACGCCGUCAGGUUCGUUGCCGAGAACCAGGGUCUCAGAGAUCUCUACGAACAGUUAGCCUUGGUGAGAAUCAGGACCGAUGCAUCUAUGAGAGAGCCGGAUCCACGUACGACUAUCCAUCUCAUUACGGAGCUAAUCAGAAAUACGAAUAAGUUCUUUCAUAAUGCUGCCCUGUGGAAACGGUUUCAAACCGAAGAUCCAGAAGAACUGCGCCUCGCCCGUUACAGUCUUUUCAUGAGUGCCGAGUCAAUCCGGAUUAUCGCCAUCCUUCUUCAGCCGUUCAUGCCCGAGAGGAUGAAAGUUGCCCUUGAUAUGAUGGAGGUUCACGAAUCAAGAAGAACCUUUGAACACACUCGCGUCGGGGCUGAUUUCAUCUAUGGCCCUCCGACAUUCGAGGCCGAUACCAAGGCGUCUACGGAGGUCAUCUUCCCAAUGCUAUUGUCAGCCAAUUGA